AUGCGUGAUCCUUCUGAUGUUGACGCUACCUUGCAGGAAGCUGACAAGAAAUAUGCCGACGAUGUUGCCUCCACUCUUCCGGAUUGCGAAAGUUUGGAAAUGAUUCCGGGUUGCGACAGUUUGGAAAAGGAGGCCGCCAGUGUGGGGGCAAAAGAUAUGAAGCUUAUCUUGGAUGAGCUGGCGCCCUUAGCAGGUGAGGAGACGCAGUAUAUGAUGAGAGCAGAAGCGCUUCUUUCUGUGCCCCAUGCUCCGGACGGCGCCGCUUUGGUUCCGAGAGCUGUGGUACAGAGCACCCUUUCAGCCAUCAACAUUGCCCUUGAGAAGGUUCAGGGCGUGAUUGACCGGACCACCCCUUCUGCCCAGCAAGAGUUGGAAGAAACAGAGGCCUUGAACGCAGCCAGAAAAGCAGAGUUAGGUGUGCCUAUUGAACCACGUCACCCGGAUGAGGACAACCAGGAACCCUCUGAAGAUCAGGAAAUGGAGAUGCUGGCAGAGCUGGAAGUUCAGGAGAUGCAGAUGGAUGAUGGGACAGAAGGCCAAAAGAAUGAAAGCACGAAUGAAAGCCAAGAAGCACAGGAUGAUGAGGAGAACAUCACGCCCUGCAGCAAAACCACGCCAAAGGCAAAGUCAGGAGCCAGCAAAGCUUCGGCGAAGAAGCGCCCACGUGCCAAGCCAACCGCAAAGGCCCAAAGCAAGAGUUGCAAAAAACCAGCCAAGAAUGCGAAGAAGGCGUCCAGUGCCAAGAAAGGCAAGCCAAAGAAGACCGAUGACCCAGACGUUGCCCUGAAGAAGAAGCUUCAUUCCACCUUGGUUUGGUCCUUCGUGUUUUGCUUCGUGGUGAUGACGGUUUGGGCCAUGCUUUUGGUGGAGAUCGUGAAUCCAUUGAUACAGGAGUUGCUUGAAAAAGAUCCAGGGAUCUUUAAUGAAUGCGAGCACUGCACACGGGCGACCAGCUCCGUCAUGAAAGCGAACCUGCUACUUUUCAAAACGGUCAUUGCCGGUGACAGCUGGGGAAGAAUUGCCGUCCCUGUCAUCGAGGCAUAUCCAGCAACUGCAAUUAUUUUCGUGGGAUCUCAACUGACUCUGGUCUUCGGCGUUUUGAACUUGAUCGUUGCAGUCGUGGUUGAUACCUUCGCAGAUUCGAGAGAGAGAGAUAUUUUAAAUCUCGCGGAAGAGAUGGAGCAAGAUCGCGAAUCCGACAAGCAGUACUUGGAACGGAUUUUUAAUCGAAUCGAUCUUGAUGGAUGUGGUCAGCUUAGCUUAGAGCAGCUCGUGGAGGGUGCCCGUAAAGACCAAGAAUUUCAGAGCCGUUUAAGAGUGAUGGAUAUUGAUGAGGCAGACUUAGUUCAGCUUUUUGACAUGAUCGACACUGAUGGGAGUGGUUUCAUUGAGCCGAAUGAAUUUAUCAAACCUUUGAGCCGCUGGGUGCACGACAGCAAGACCGCUCCACGAUUUAUCAAAUACAACAUGAUGCGGUUGAUGAAUGAGCAACACGAGAUCCGAGAGGGACAAGCGAGUUUACGGAAAAGCAUGGAGAAGCAUUUUGCUGAGAUGGCUCGACGUUUGGGCUCCCAGCAGGUAUCGUCAUCGAAGAUGGAUGAUUCGGAGCGUUCCGUGGGUGACGCAACGAAGAUUGAUGACUCCGUAGGCAUCGCCACAGAACUCUUGGAAUCCUUGCCAUUGGCGCCGGCUGGUUUCCCGAUGGAGUCGGAAUACACAGCAACUGGCCCGGAAGCUUCACGAGUUCCACGGAGGGUCAUGGAGUGUCGUGCCGCGAUGAGCGAACUUGAAACCAUGGAGCAGCCGCCUUCCUCACAGCCUGUGAUGCUUUGGCCCUCGCGAGCGACCGAAGAAGCGGAGGCUGAAGUGCAAGCUGCUGUGGGAAGAUUGGAGGAAUUACUGAAACACACCGCAGAUCCGGCGUUCAAAGAGUCUAUAGCAAACAUCAACGAGAUGUUGCUGGACAUGAGGAAACUCAGACAGGCGGAGGAACCCGCGCCGGGUCCCGCGCCGCGGGUGCAUGCUGCCGUUCAUCCCCAAUUGCACCAGUGCGCCAGCGCCCCCAACGACGGCAGCGAGAAGAAGGCUACUGACAGAAGAUCACCGGGGCUCCUACCAUCAGUGAAAGGCAAUUUCCAACGCAUAGAAAGUAUGUGACUGCCAGAUCUGCGAGGACCUGGCGACAGAUGGCCAAGUCCAUGCGAUCAUCUCCGGCCAUCUGCGAUGAUCUGCGAUGAUCUGCGAUGGGAAACACCAACAGAUCGCGAU